AUGGGCAGCUCUCUUUCUUGCCCCUGUGCCUCAGGGGAAUCAGGAAAGCAUGUCCUUGUUCUCAAACAAAACGGUAAGGCGAUGAAAGUCAAGGAAGGCACACGCGUUAAAGAGAUUCUAGCAUCUAACCCACAUCAUGUGAUUCUGAGAUGCAGAUCAGACCAAUCGCUACUGGUGUUGCCGGAUUCUAUUGAGCUUCGGAGCUAUGGGUUAUACUUCAUGGUUGAGGAAGGCCAGCAAGCUCUAGACAAAGACACGUUCUGCAGUCUGAUGAAGUUGGCACAUUCAAGAGGGAUUGCAGGUCCUAAAUCUCGCAACCACAAGAAGAUGCCAUCAGCCUGUAAAACUAGCAUAAAAGAUAGAGAAGACAUUGGGCCUCAGUUCAACUCGGGUCAGAUUUUUGCGUUGAACGAAUGUGACAUUGAGUACCAGAAAUCAUCGUCCUGGAGACCAGCCCUACGUACAAUACCAGAGCUUCGCUCCCAAGAAGAUUUAAAAGCAUCAAAGGAAGAGGAGGGCAAUAGAUGGAGCAUGGAUAAGCAAGAUGAUAAAGAGUCUAUCGUGAAUAAACGAUUCAAGGGAGCUCCCUUCAGUCCAAGCACAGAGAAGAAAAGGAUGAAAUUUAUCUCCCGCAUCAUUCACACAUUCACAAUAGCAGCCACUACUCCCUUAAUUUCUACUGCGUUUGAAUGA